AGCAUUGUGCGUAGUCAAUCAUCAGAGAUAGAGAGAGAGAGGGAGAGAGAAUGCAGAGCUCAUUCACAACACCCACUGCUGCGUCCCCGGUAACAGGGUUCAUCAUGGAGUCACUACAGAGCAAAGCACAUGCGGAAGCUCACAAACCAGUUGUUGAGAAGACACAACAUCAUAAGGGUGAGCCAGGACACAUCGAUGAAAUGAUUAGCACCUUCAGAGCUGCGCUGAGGUCUGCGGCAGGCGGCGCUCUCGAUGUCUCACCAUACGACACGGCGUGGGUCACGCUUGUGAGAAAGUUGGAUGGUGGAGAAGGCCCGGAGUUCCCCUUGUCCAUCGACUGGAUCGCUAGGAACCAGCUCCCAGAUGGCUCAUGGGGCGAUGAAGCCUUCUUCUUAGUCCAAGACAGGCUCAUCAACACCUUGGCUUGUGUCAUCGCUCUGAAAACUUGGAAUGUUCAUAGCGACAAGUGCAACAAAGGCUUGUCGUUUAUCCAUGAAAAUAUAAAGAGACUACGUGAGGAUGAGAAUCGGAUGCUGGUCGCUUUUGAGAUGACUUUCACAAUGCUGCUAGAGAUGGCCAAGGAUAUAGGCCUUGACUUGCCUUAUGAUGAGCCUGCAUUGCAAGACAUAUAUGCAAAAAGAGAUCUAAAACUCGCAAUGAUUCCUAUGGAUGUACUGUACUCCGUACCAACAGCUCUGCUUUUUUCCUUAGAGGGAAUUCCUGGAUUAGACUGGGAUAGGUUAUUCAAACUCCAGUCUCCAGAUGGCUCCUUUUCGAGGGCACCAGCUGCGACAGCUUAUGCUCUUUUGCAGACAGGCAACAAGAAAUGCCUCGAGUUCCUUACCGAUAUCGUCAACAAGUUCAACGGGGGAGCACCCUUUAUCUAUCCCUUGGAGCUGUUCGAACGCUUAUGGGUUGUCGAUCGGUUGGAGCGGCUGGGCAUAUCCUCCUACUUCAGGAGCGAAAUUGGCAGCUAUUUAGACUACGUUUACAGGCACUGGAGCGAUGAAGGCAUAGGUUCUACCUGGAACAGCAAGGUGAAGGACCUCGAUGACACGGCCAUGGGUAUCCGUCUCCUCCGGCAGCACGGGUACCACGUCUCUAUUGAGGCCUUAAAGUGUUUCGAGGCGAAGGAUUUUUCCUUUUUUCAAACGACGGGUUUCGAGACGACCAGCCAGUCGGUGACCGCGAUGUACAACGUGUACCGCGUUGCCGACCAGGCCGCCUUCCCCGGCGAUGACGGUGUUAUCCAGCGGGCCAAGGCCUACAGCUACGCAUUCCUCCAGCAGAGGCGAGCCGCCGGCGACCUCAACGACAAGUGGAUCAUCUCCUCAGGUCUGCCCAGUGAGCUCGCCUAUGGCCUCGACUUCCCCUGGAAGGCAAAUCUGCCACGCGUCCAGACUAGGAUGUAUCUUGAGCAGUACGGUGGCAGUAAAGAUGUGUGGAUCGGGAAGAACCUUUACAGGAUGAAUCUAGUCAACAACGAUCUGUUACUCAAGUUGGCAAAGGCCGAUUUCAGCAACUUCCAGAGACAGUGCCGGCUUGAGUGUCAGGGCCUCGAAAGGUGGUGUGAGAAAAACAAUCUUGAAAUGUAUGGGGUGACUCCACAGAGCGCUGUGAGAGCCUACUUCCUGGCAGCAGCCAACAUCUUUGAACCAGACCGAGCGGCGGAGCGGCUGGGAUGGGCGCGCACAGCGGUGAUUGCCCAGGCCAUCUCUUCCUGCUUCCUGAGCAGCAACCCUCAUGUUACUGAAAGCAUGCUGGAAGAGCUCAAUAGUGAACUCACUAGUGAAGGCCACAAUCUUGCAAGGCAUGGAGAGAAGUAUUCGACGACGGAGAAUAGCCUCCUCAAUGCACUUCAUGAGCUGAUCAAUCUCUUUGCACCUGGAGAAGAUGCUUCCAACAAUCUCCGCGAAGCUUGGAAGUCAUGGCUGAUAGAAUUGACCAGGAACGGUGGUCAUGAAUCAUGUGAAGGAAACACAGCACUAUUGUUAGUUCGCAUAGUGGAGAUCUAUUCAGGGAGACACUGUUCAGCCAACCAGAAUCUGAAGCUUUCCGAGUAUUCCCAGCUUGAGAAGCUUACCUCUUCCAUCUGCAGCAAACUUGGCUCUAGGACUCUUUCUCAGGUCAAUCGGAAUGGAACAACCACGGAGAACACUGAGAAUUUAGAACAGCAAGUAGAUCAGGAGAUGCAAGAGCUUGCUCAAUGUGUUUUUCAGACCUGCGACGCUAUAAGCAGGGUGACCAAGGAGACAUUUCUCCAUGUGACUAGGACCUACUACUACGUUGCUCAUUCUUCAUCUGAAACAAUCGACAGUCACAUCUCCAAGGUUAUAUUUGAGGAUGUCAUGGGCAGUCCCAACUAAGAAACUAUGUAGUACUGUCUAUGACAUGCCAUGUCACAAAGACACCAUCUGAGAAACUAUAAUUCCCCAUGCAUAUUUUUAAUAAUUUGUAAUUGUGGUUGCAAAAUAAAUUCCUCUAAUGACAUGUCUCCUCUCCCUACCAA